AUGCUCUCUGCACAGAUAGUGCGCGCCUCGUCGAUGGCGCGGGCCGCCCGGAUCCUGCCCGGAUCGCCUGCGGCUGCUCUCGUGGCGGCGGCGGCUGCUCGGACGGGCACCUCGUCUGCCAGUGGCCGGAUAGCGGCGGCGGCGCUGUUUGCGCAGUCGUCACGACGGACUUACGCCACGCCGGCUGGCCCGCCGCCCAAGGGCUUCCGCAUCCAGCCGCGGCCGGAAUGGGACCAGGAGAGCGUGGGCACGUUCGACAAAAUCGGCAAGUACUUUAUGCUGCUGGAGAUGCUGCGCGGCAUGUACGUGCUGCUGGAGCAGUUUUUCCGGCCGCCCUACACCAUCUACUAUCCCUUUGAGAAGGGCCCGAUCUCGCCGCGGUUCCGUGGCGAGCACGCCCUCCGCCGCUAUCCGUCCGGCGAGGAGCGCUGUAUCGCCUGCAAGCUGUGCGAGGCUAUCUGCCCAGCCCAGGCUAUCACGAUUGAGGCUGAGGAGCGCGCCGACGGCUCGCGUCGCACCAGCCGUUAUGACAUUGACAUGACCAAGUGCAUCUACUGCGGCUUCUGCCAGGAGUCCUGUCCGGUUGACGCCAUCGUCGAGUCGCCCAACGCCGAAUAUGCCACUGAGACCCGCGAAGAACUGCUCUACAACAAGGAGAAGCUCCUGUCCAACGGAGACAAGUGGGAGCCGGAGCUGGCCGCUGCCAUCCGUGCAGACUCGCCCUACCGGUAA